CACCAGUCAUGGUUAAUGCUUGUGUGUCUGUGUGUGUGUCCAGCAGACCAAGCUUUUGUGACAUUAGCGACAAAUGACAGCUACGCCAGGGGAGCGAUGGUUCUUGGGCAGUCGUUGCGAAAGCACAACACAACCAAGAAAUUGGUUGUACUCAUCGGGCCUCACGUCGCAGAACCCUGCAGAGGCGCACUUGGCUCCAUUUUCGAUGAGGUGUGUGUGGUGGACAUCAUGGACUCAGGUGAUGUGGCUCAUCUGGCCCUGAUGAAGCGUCCGGACCUGGGAGUGACAUUCACCAAACUGCACUGCUGGACUCUCACACACUACAGCAAGUGUGUGUUCAUGGACGCUGACACACUGGUGCUGUCAAAUAUAGAUGAACUCUUCGAGAGGGAGGAGCUCUCCGCUGCGCCCGAUCCUGGUUGGCCGGACUGUUUCAACUCUGGGGUUUUUGUCUUCAGACCGUCCAAUGAGACGCACGAGAAGCUGCUCACGUUCUGUGGAGAAAACGGCAGCUUUGACGGUGGAGAUCAGGGGGUUCUCAACAGUUUCUUUAACACCUGGGCAACGGCAGAUAUUUCUAAACACCUCCCUUUCAUUUACAACCUCAGCAGUGUCUCCAUCUACUCCUACCUGCCAGCUUUCAAAGAGUACGGCAGUAACGCGAAGGUAGUGCACUUCCUGGGCAAGGUGAAGCCAUGGAGCUACUCCUUUGACGCUGAGAAGGGCGAGGUCAGAGGUCACGCCCUGUCACCUGACCAGUGCCACCUGCACCCGGACUACCUGCUCAUGUGGUGGCAGCUGUACUCCAAGUCUGUGCUGCCUCUGCUGCAGCAGGCCUACGGGGACACGCCCUUCAACAGCGGCUUCACAGAGGAGAGCCAGAAAGAUAAGCUUCAGGAGGAUGUGAGCGCACAGCCGGCGCCCUCUGCUCCUGCACAGAAGGUUUCCUCCGAGGAAAGGAAGCAGCGCUGGGAAGCCGGCCAGAUCGACUACAUGGGCGACGACUCCUUCGCCAACAUCGAGCGGAAGCUGGACUCCUUCUUGAAGUAGCGGUUGUGGGUGAGGGAGUGCGACGGACGGAUGGAUGGAGAGAGAGAGAGAGAGAGAGAGCGAGCUGUGUGAAGCUCUGUGGAGGUGGAGGUAUAACCACUGCUCAGCUCAGUCACAGAGGCUUGACUAGCAAGUGACUGAACAAACUUUCGGCCUCACUCUCUGCAUCACGUUGUGUGAAUGACAGAGUUGACACAGUUUCUCAUGCGCACUCUAACAUUCAUUUAUUUCUCUUUAAAGACAAGUUUGACAUUUUGGAAAAUGUGCUUAUUCAAUUUGCGUUUUUGCACAGACUGAUGCCCCUCCUACAUGUCUUCAUGUUAAAUAGGAAAAAAGCUUAGAAUAAAAACCAGGAAAACCUCAGCUCUGUGCAUUACUCUGUGAUUUGGUCAAACCUGAAUUAAACCAAUCAAAUAUCAUAUCUAACAGUAUCUGACUGUGGGGGACAUCUUCCUGUAAUCUCACACAUUUUCUAAUCACUGUCUGCUCAGAAUGACAAAACACGGGGCCAAACCGAUGCUCCUCUGCUGAGCUGUUGACCGUGAUCGCCCGAAGCUGCAGCAAGUUUUCAAUUUGAAUGUUGCUUUUGACCCUGGCAAACAUUUGUUGCGACUCCAGGCAGAGAUUAAACAUUUGUGAGAUCAUGGCGAUAAGUUAGUAGAUGCACUUUACUGCUGAGGAAGGGAACAACAUGUGGAAAUGCCAUGUGACUGAAUUACAAAGUUGGGUAUGAUGGAAACUUCGAGGUUCUGUGCAAAGGUAACGGAACAAGAACUGCUGUUUUAUUCUGUUAGUUCAAGUGUGUAAAAGAGAAUUUGCUGUUUCAUGUGUGGUUAUGCACUAAAUAGUUUCUUGGCCGUACACAUUUCCCAACUUUCUGUGGCUGGUAGAAACUGCUGGAGGCCAAAAAAUGCAACACAAGCACUCGUUAAAUGGCAAAUUUUCAUUGAUACAUUUAAUUUGGUUUAAACAAACAACAUACAACUUGUUAGUGAGCUUCAUAGUUGCUGGUUGUGGAUUGCGUUGCCUUUGUACAGAGCUGUUUUAAGUCAUUGUGCACUCACUUUAUUUACCCUCUCCAUCACAAAGCGAACUAGAGUCCCCAAAAUGUCAAACUCUUCCUUUAAAAAUGUUCUUGUGCAUCUGAUGGAUUCAUGGUCCUGAGUCUUCCAAACCUGUGGAAAAUUUCAGCAACAACAGAAAAACAACAAUGGUCCAAGUCCGUCAAUACGUUAAAAUAAAAGUUGUUUCUGGAUUUUCACCACAACUCCACUGUAAUAAAUCUCUACCUGAACCACUAUGGAGUAAAUAUGCAGCAACUGGCUGAUCCUCCUCUUUUCUCAGCCAGUUGAAACCAUCUCACUUCAUUCCGACAGUGUUCACCUCACCAGGUUACAGAUCCACGUCUGUGCCUCUGACGCUCACCAGCUCCCUGCGACCGCAGCUUCGUCCCGUAUCGUAUUAGGUUCUCUAGGCCUGUUGUGUUGCGUUUGCAUGGCACAGUGUUUAAACGUGGUCGGUGAUGUCGUUCUUCCACCUAAAGUGAUGUUGUCCUUUAUUUUAUUUAAUGUGUCCGUGUGGGAUUAAAACGCCUCCGUCUCCUGCAUGUUACAUCCUCCACCUCCGUGUGUCUUUGUGCCAUCGUCUGGGUUUCAUCACUUCCUGUGUCGUAUAACCAGAUGCCUUAUUGCCUCUCACUGUUUACAUGUACUCAUUCACUGUAACUUUGUUGAGGCCCAGCUUUCCUGUUACCUCAUUUACUUUACUCCACGUGUGCUCUUUCAGUAAUCGGCUCUAACAAUAGAGAUAAUUCACUAGUUUCUCCUCGAUACACCUUCCUGCAGGAUGCAGACAAGUUUCAAAAUCCAUGUGUGAUCAUAUUUAUCUUGUUUGAUAAAUCCUGGACCGCACAAUGAUGGAAGUAUAACAUGUGUAGUCCUGUUCCCCAGCUGUUUACUGACCAUCCCCGUUAAAGCGCUAAUAAAGAAAUGUAAAAAACUUCAA